AUUCAGGUUAGGUAGAUUGUGGCAAUUCUCACCUGUAAAAAUUAAUCUGUGCAUAUAAAUCAAUAAGAAAACAAUUAAACAGACAAAUCAAGAUUUCUUCAAACACUCAUGCUUGUAUUGGUUGACAUAUGGAAUAAGACGACAAAAAAGUCGCAAAUCCAAGAAAUAUUUUAAAUUUUAGUUAAGUGGCAUUCAGUAAAGAUUGUAUGGCAGAAACAACUUUGUAGAGUAGAAGUCAAUUGUUUACUGUUAUUUUGUAUUCUACCAAUUUUAUGUAAAAAAUAUGUCUGACACUAUAGAAAUUAAAGCUAUUGUAGGAAAUAAAACUACAAUAUCUGAUUGUCCAGUAACUGACCCAGCUUCCACAGUUAAGGGUUUAGAAGAGUCAAAUGCUUUCAUCUCCAGGUCUAAGUUGGAUGCAAAAACUUCCAGCGCUUUGAAAAAAUCAAGUCGUUACCGAAGCCGCUCCUUAUCAGCAUCUUCAACAGAUUCUUACAGUUCAGCUUCUUGCACUGGGAGUAGUUCAGAUGAUGAUGAUAUCUCACCAAGAGAGAAAAUCCAAAAGAAUUCAAAUGGAAAUUUUGAUUUUUGCGUCCGUAACAUCACCCAACAUCAUUUUGGCAGACGAGAAAUUGAGAUAGCAGAACAAGAAAUGCCUGGUAUUAUGGCACUUCGAAGAAGAGCAGCAGAUGAUAAACCUCUAAAAAAUGCUAAAAUUGUCGGUUGUACGCAUAUUAAUGCCCAGACAGCUGUUCUUAUUGAAACAUUGGCUGCUUUAGGAGCUAAUCUGAGGUGGGCUGCAUGCAAUAUUUAUUCAACCCAGAAUGAAGUAGCAGCAGCUCUGGCCGAGGCAGGUUUUUCGAUAUUUGCAUGGAGAGGUGAAACAGAAGAAGAUUUUUGGUGGUGUAUAGACAAAUGUGUUAAUGCUGAAAAUUGGCAGCCUAAUAUGAUUUUAGAUGAUGGAGGUGAUGCCACGCACCUCAUGCUCAAAAAAUAUCCAGCCAUGUUCAAAAUGAUUAAGGGUAUUGUUGAAGAAAGUGUUACAGGUGUCCAUCGACUGUAUCAGCUGUCCAAAGCAGGCAAACUGACCGUGCCUGCUAUGAAUGUUAAUGACUCUGUUACUAAAACUAAAUAUGAUAACUUAUAUAGCUGCAGAGAAUCUAUUAUCGAUAGUUUGAAGAGAUCUACAGAUUUGAUGUUUGGUGGGAAACAAGUUGUAAUUUGUGGAUUCGGAGAAGUGGGUAAAGGUUGCUCUCAAGCCUUAAAAGGCCUAGGAUGUGUUGUGUAUGUAACAGAAAUAGAUCCCAUUUGCGCACUUCAAGCUAGUAUGGAUGGAAAUAGGGUAGUCAAAUUGAAUGAGGUCAUAAGAAAUGUAGAUAUUGUCAUAACUGCUACAGGAAAUAAGAAUGUGGUGACUAGAGAACACAUGGAUAAAAUGAAAAAUGGAUGCAUUGUUUGUAAUAUGGGUCAUUCUAAUACAGAAAUCGAUGUAAAUAGUCUAAGAACUCCAGAUCUGACAUGGGAAAAAGUUCGUUCCCAAGUUGAUCAUGUUAUUUGGCCUGAUGGUAAAAGGAUAAUAUUGUUGGCUGAAGGUCGAUUGGUUAACUUGAGCUGUUCAAGUCUUCCAUCUUUUGUUGUUUCUAUCACUUCAGCAACACAAGCCCUAGCCCUUAUUGAACUUUUCAAUGCUCCUGCUGGCAGAUACAAAUCUGAUGUUUAUCUGCUACCAAAGAAAAUGGAUGAGUAUGUAGCAAGUCUUCAUUUACCCACAUUUGAUGCCCAUUUGACUGAAUUGACUGACGAUCAAGCAAGGUAUAUGGGGCUCAACAAAGCUGGACCUUUUAAGCCUAAUUACUAUAGGUAUUAGAGAGCGAAAAAGAAGAGAUAAUAUUAAGUCAAUGUUAGAGGCAAACAACUAGAUGAUGACAAAAAUUUUUGCAGUAUUAUGUUCAAGAUUAUUGUUGAAAAUUGAAAUUUCAUAUAAUUAAUUUGACGCUAUUGUUAUUAGUUAUUGUUAAUAAUUGAAGUCAUACUUUGA